CUCAUCCCUGAAGCAUUCCUAGAAAAGAUUUCCAGGGCUCUGAGAAAAGGAGGAGGACACAGACUCUGCUUUUCAGAUCCACACGCUGAUCCCCACUACAAUCAGUGACCUGAACUCGGAGUCUGAGUAGGGUCUGCUUACUGCUCGGAUAAGCCCCUUCACCCUUUCCACCCAGGAGACAAGGUGCUGCUACAGUCUUGGGAAAACUGAGGACCAGCUCAGCAGCUAGCUGAAAAGUGGACGGGAUCCCCUGAAAUGCUGCUGGACAUUCAUUCCUCGGUCAGACUAACUGGGAUGGAGUUAUGGAUGCAUCACACUUGGGUGAAGGCAGCUCCUCCUCAACCCGAUACCUCAGACAACCACCCUUGCUUGUCUUGGACAUGUGAGCCAAAGGAAGAUCUGAAGUUACUGAUACAAGAAUCAUAUGGAUGAGUAAUACCACUCUUCUGUUAACAUGAAGUUCUGAAUGAAUUUUAUAAUCCGAAAUUUCCAGGGCUCUGAGAAAAGGAGGAGGACGCAGACUCUGCUCUUCAGAUCCACACGCUGAUCCCCACUACAACCAGUGACCUGAACUCGGAGUCUGAGUAGGGUGGCCCUGGUGACUGAGAUGGCAUCGUCUCUAAAGAUCUGGGGCACACUCUUGGCCCUGCUUUGCAUCCUAUGCACACUGCUUGUACAGAGCAAGGAAGUUUCUUGGAGAGAAUUCAUGAAACUGCACUACUUAAGUCCAAGUAGAGAAUUCAAAGAGUACAAAUGUGAUAUCCUCAUGAGAGAAAAUGAAGCUCUGAAAGACAAGAGCUCUCAUAUGUUUAUCUAUAUCUCAUGGUACAAAAUCGAGCAUAUAUGCACUAGUGACAACUGGAUGGAUCGCUUCCGAAAUGCAUAUGUAUGGGUCCAGAAUCCUCUCAAAGUACUCAAGUGUCACCAGGAGAACUCCAAAAAUAGCUACACAGAGAGCAGGAGCUUCAACUACAUUGAAUUCCAUUGUAGCAUGGAUGGGUAUGUUGAUAGGAUAGAAGACCUAAAGAUGAUAGAACCUAUCAGCAACUAGAAAGUCUAUGCACAUCCUCAGGUAUUGGUAGACUAUUCAGUGCUUUCUAAGUAGCGGCCCCUGCCUCCAUCAAUAGCCCCUACCACUCCUCACUUGCAUUUAUUUAUCAAUGUUUUCCAAAUACUUAGAGUUAUGAAUAGCAUAAUUUCUUGAUACCAUAACCUUGCCUGUGUCAUUUCUCUGCCUGGAAUACACUUUUGUUUUCAUUUACCUAAUUUACUCUUGCACUUUUGUCAACAUUCAGCUCGUAUGGCAUCUGUUCUUGACUAACCCAAGACUUCCUGAUAUUGACUGUCUGGAUACAUACCCAAGCUGAACAUUCUUCCCUUCCCUAAAUAAAUUAUAUGAUUCCAAUGUGUGUGACAUUCAUAUAUGUUAUGUGCAAGGAGUAAGUAUUGUGUGAUUGAUAUGGGUAUGUGUGAUCUAGACUAUGCAUGUGAUUUAUGCUGUGCAAGGGAUUUAAGGCAUAUUUUAUGGGUGUAUGUCUAAUGUAUGUAAUAUGCUUGCGUAUAUGAUGAGGGUGUAAAUGAUUGUGUGCUUAGUUCAAUACAAGUUGUGAUGUAGGCAUUGAUUGCAGCAUCAAUUUGAAAUAAUCAAAAGUGUCAGAAUCCAGUUUUAAAGAGUUGAUUCAAGCAAAAGGCUAGGAGUGGCCAUUCAGUGACACACAGACUCCACAGAAAUGGGUUCAGUGCUCCAAAGCUGAAAAUUAAGUUCUUGCUUAUGUAGGAAAAAAGACAAAAGCAUUGAACAGAAUUACAACAAUUUCUAUACCAGCUGCUUUAAGAGUUACAACAAAUCAAUUAGUUACGGUUUGUCCCCGACUUCAAGUCUUCUUUUCUUUUCUUUUUAGCUUGUUUUCAUUUCCUUUCCAAUUUAAAAGAGUGUAUUUAACAUUCCAUCUUAACGUGAUAGUGAUGAAGUCUUUCUAAGAGGAGAGGGAAGUUACUCUAUAAUGAAGACCAACAGUGGAGAGGAAAGGAGUCUUCUCCUGUACCCUUUGGUAAAUUACAACAUUUCACCAAACAAUGUAGGUAAGAAAGAAGGUUUAAUCUAUAAACAGAGAAACCACGGUUACAGCUGCCUUGGUUACAGUGGCCUGGCAUGUGGCUGAGGCCCCAAAAUCACAUUUCUUUAAGGUUAAAAAUAAUUUAGAGUUACAACAACUGAGUUGUUAAAUUACUUAUUUUCACAGUGGUGACAUGUUUUAGUUCCAUUCAGAUUUUGGGGCACUGGCAGAGCUCACUGGGUGUAAAACAUGUAGCAUGGUUUCUUGCUUGUAGUAGGUGCUCAGUGAAAACUGCUUCUUUUCUCAACUCAUUCUUUGGCUUAGUACUUUCAUUUUGACUUUGAUAAACAAACAUAACAAGUGCUCAUCAAUCAUUUGCUCUCCCUAACUCUAGAGAUGGGGAUUUACACAAUAAAAAUACAUGCUGGAUAUGUUGGCUCACACCUGUAAUCCCAGCACUUUGAGAGGCUGAGGCAGGUGGUCAGGAGUCUGAGGUCAAGAGUUUGCCAUUUGAG